ACCCGAGCCAAUUCCGCAUCUGUGCGCUGGGUCCUCAGUCAGAAUUCCGUCGCUCUCCCCGCCCCCCGCCAUGCCCAAGGACGACGCGGCGCCCUCCACGGCCGUGUCCGUAUCUCCCACUACCUUGUGCGGACCACGACGACGUCUACUGCAGACGCUGGCACUCGUGCUGUUGCUGCUGGGCGCGCUCUCGAUGGUUGCUCGUAUCGUAGACUUAUCGGCCGCCACGAGCAGCUUCCGCACCAGCGAUAAGAGCCAAUCAGGACUCAGCGUGCGGGGACCCACACGUCACAGUGGCUAUCAGCAACAGGCAGCUACCAGCGUCAAUAGCACUUCAACCGCUGGGCAGACCACAACGACCAACACUCCUGUGGCAACUACUACACCUCCUCCGGUGACGCAGCCGACUGUGGAGCAACUCAAGAAGCAGGAGCAACUCAAAAGCCUCGUAAUACAGCGCACCAAGGCACCGCACGACUAUAGCAGCGUGGAAACCAAGAACAAAUGCUACGCACAGCGCGAUGUAGGCAUCAUCGCCGCAGUGCAACAGGCUGCAAGGAAUUUCUGUGCCGACGGAGGCUGGGACAGCGUGAAACAAGCUCCCGUAAGCCCCGAGAAGGCCACCAAGGUCUCCACGUUCAGAGUGGCCGGAGGUAUCCGCAGCGCCACGUUCCAGAACCUCAUGCUUGACCUCGUGGAGGUUGGGAUCCAUGCGCCUAUUAAAAGUAUGGCGGAGGACGGCGGCAAGCACGACCCGAGGUUUAACUUCAACAUGAGGCUGGUCAAUUGCGCUUGUGACGAGCUGGCUAAUCAUUUUAGAAAGCUACCGGGGGAUAAAGAGCGCAAGGCAGAACAGAUCUGGCAACCAUCACUAAUGGGAUUUCCAGAAGAGGGUGUCCCAAUGUCGACCAUUUGCUCUCCGCGGAAACCGGAAAAUACCAAACGAUCAGCGUGGGAUUUUGUGAAAAACCCAUUGCAAGCGCCGGAUAAUAACGAGACGGUGGUAUUCGAAGACCCAGUGGUGCUAAUUGCUCGCCGUGACGACCACAACCCGUUCUUCCAGAUCUCAUACGCUCUCAACUCGUGGAUUAUGCUUCAGGCUCUUGGCUGGGACGUCACUAAAACCCACGUGAUCCACCUGGACGGUGGCUAUCCGUCUCCGAUUGAUGCCUUACAUCAAGGUCUGUUGGCGCCCAACCACGAAAUUAUUGAUGGUGCUACUCUUAUAGGAAAACGUGUGCAUUUCCGUGGUGAUGUAAUGGUAGCCCCGUUCGAAUUAUCUGGGCCCAUGAUGCAACAUCUGGAUAACGAGGAGCCGUGCUUCGAGUCGGAAUUGAUGAAGACUUUCCGUGCCCAGUCUCUCUUAACAUUGAACGUGACCCCAGAAAUGGAACGCGAACUCGGCGUCACUACGGUCCGUCCUAUGAUCGUGACGGUGAUCACUCGUCGGCCGUACGGUGGACGUAAGCUACAGCGGAUGUGGGUGAAUGAGGACGAAGUGAUGUCAAACAUGCGGAUUGAGUACAAGGGUCUAAAUGUCGAGUUCCGAUCUAUCGACUACGUGAACUUGACGCUGUUUGAGCAGAUGAAAACCACGAUCGAGAGCGACAUGAUCAUUAGUAUGCACGGCGCUGGACUCGUGAACGUCAUUUGGGCGCGUCCGAUGACUACAGUAGUGGAAAUUUUCCCCAAGGAGCGAUUCCGCUGGGGCUACCGGAACAUGUGUCAGUUUGUGGGCUGCGACUGGCACGAAUUCCGUGGCGGGCAGGAUAUUGGAGACAAUCCUACACCCAACACAAAAAAUAAGCGCAUUCCGUACGACGAAUGGAUGUCGUUCUUCCAUCCACUAUUCCGCCAAUCCUAUGGCGCUUUUGAGGAGCAACAAGCAGUUUUACGUGGAGAAGCAUCGUAAAAAUCCAGUCCAUUAUUUGUAUGGAACCGUAUCCUCCAGCACCGUUUUCACAGCAGACAAUUAACGCCGAUAAAACGAGCUAUGCAAGUGUCGGUUUACUCCAGAGAAGCAAACAAUGCGAAUUAGUGAUCUCAAGUGAGCCAGGAGCUGGAGUUCUCGUAAAAUUUGUGGGUGUUGAAAGUGAGGAAUGAAUCGUUGCUCCUUUCUAAAUGUAACAAAGUUCCAAGAAAUCAUUUUUGUGCAAUUAUUUUAUUUUUCAGUGGU